AUGUGGCACUCCUCUGAUUUUCUACUUGGUGUGGGGAUGGUUAUACUUCAGCCAUCUACCGACAAGGUUGUGCUGGUGUACGAAACAGAGCGCAAGUACUGGUUCUUGCCCAAAGGCAGAAAGGACAUUGGCGAAAGUCUCGAACAGGCGGCCUUACGGGAGGCAUAUGAGGAGUCCGGAUAUCGCGUAGAGUUCCUGCCCCUGUUCACACCUACGAAUGCUCCUCCCGCCCCUAACUCUGACCACGACUUCUUCGAUUUUCCCAACACGGAGCCUUUCUAUGUGUCCGCACUUGCCUGGAACAAACGUACGCGCAGACAAGGCCGCCCACCUCGCACAGGCGAUAACGGGGGCGAAUACCUCACGUUCUGGUAUGUCGGGCAGAUCCCGGACGGAGCUGUCCCUGAGCUCAACACUGGAAUGCCUGACGAGAAAAACUACAAGAGCUACCUCCUGACCUUCGACGAGGCUUUGCACGUUACCCAGGGAAAUGCUGCACCUAUGACACGCAAGCUCGUUUGUGCCGCGUACACACUUUUGACCAGUACUCGAAGGACGAUGGUUGCCAUGGAACAAGCAACCCUUCUGGACCAUCUCAAUGUUGACAACGAUCACUCCUCGGGCGAGGAUCGGAGAGAGGAUCGGCGGGCAUAA